UAAAUAAUUACUACGAACAAACAACCUUAUUUAGCUGAUUUAACAUUCAACAAAUUUAUUUUACAAUUCUAUAUUAUAAUUUUAUUAUAAAAGUAAUAAAAAUUAGAUUGACGAGAUUCGAACCACGCGCUGUGACAUUAAUAAGCAAAUGCUCUACGACUAUUCUACCAAACCCAUUAACAAAUUGCUAAGCGAAUAUGGAACACCUGAGAUCAGAGAAUCAUAGAAGAUCAUGUUGCAUUGUGUUAUUAAUUCUCUCAAAACUCUGAAUGGUUAUAUUUAAAUAAAUUUGGGAAUUGAUACUAUUAUCAUUAAACCAGGUUUAUGUUAAACAAGUUAUAUCAUAAUGGGUAUUAACAAGAUUUCCUAAGUAUUCAGUAGAUUUAGUCCAAAGUUCCCUUACAUUUUGUUAGUUAUUCACAUUCUUUGUUUGAAAGCAAGGUUAUUAGGGUACUCCUCCAGGGACCAGAGAUGGGAUCAAAAUAGUUGAUUCAUCAGCUGGUGUGGGAGUGAAUAUGGUUAUAAGGUAAAAAAUUUUGACUUCAAAUUUACUCAAGCAUGAUUAUAAAAUUGGCUACCAACAGUAAACAUACAAAAACUACCAACUACAAUGUUACCAUUUUUCUGAAAUUCAAGCCCAAAGUUUGGUUAAAGAGGUAGGUGUUUUUCUAAUACAAAAAUCCAACACAUACAAUUCAAUUAAACACGAAGUAAGAAACUGAAAUCAACUUGCACCUAGAAUUACAUAUUUAUUAUUUUUUGCAUUUAGUAAAACUAGUCUUCUGAUGGUGGUGGAAACGGGGUAAGUAUUCAUUUAUUUUAUAAAAUUAUAUCCCCGGCACUAAUUAAGAAGGUGAAAAUAAACUAAAAAUAUUUGUUUUUUGCUUAUUUACAAGAUUCGACCCUAGGAGUGUAAAAGAUUUAAGUUUGGUUUAAAUUUAAAAAAAAAUUCCGAAUUGGUUAGAAGUAAUUAAGAAUGAACAAGCAUAUAAAAUUACAUAUAAUUGUAUUGUUUUCCGGAUUUUGUUUUUUAAGGGUGUGAAAGGGGGUAAAUUUUGUUUUAUCAAAAAGAUUCAUAUCUCCAUAGAAAAUAAAGCUGUAUGUAAGAAAUGUAGAAUGAAUAAUGUAAAUAAUUAUGGAGAGUACUUUUACCAAUAUUCGAUCCCAGAAACCAAUAAAAUGCAACAGGAUACAAUUGGAAACACUAGAAAACAUACCCCAACAUAGUGACAUAUAACAGAAACCAACAGAAUACAAUGAAAAACACUAGAAAUAAACUAGUAGAAUUCCUUACUACAGAAAACAACAUAAACCAACAGAAUACAAUGAAAAAUACAAUUUAAAACACCAAAACUAAUAGAAUUCCUUACAACAGAAACCAUCAAAAAACCCCAGAUAUCAACAGAUUUUUUUUACAACAGAAACCAACAAAAUCCAACGGAUAGGUAAAAUGGUAAACACUAAAACCCAUUAGAAACUAGUAUACUGUUUCACAACCGAAAACGACAAAACUAGAUUGUGUUCAAAAUUAGUUCACAACAGAAUCCAAUCAAAACCAAAAAAUUUGAUGUUUUUUUUGACAUCAGACACCAACAUAAUAAGCAUAUAUUUUUUUUUCGUUUGUGAGUCAAUUUCUCCCAACAGAAACCACUGAAACCAAUUAAAAUACACCUAAAUCAUAUCUGUCACACAACAGGAAUCACUGAGAUUCCUGUUGGGUUUUGUUGGGUUUUUGUUGUAAAUAUCUGUUUGAGUAGAGCGGCCAAAGAGUGCAGCCACGUGGUUGCUAAUAGUUCGUGGGGAAGAGCGCAUAGCGCCGACCGAUGAUUGAAUGAAUUGGCAUUAUUCCGACCCGUGUGUGUUGAGUAAACACAAUGAAAAAUCAUUUUUGAGUAAAUGAGCGUGACUUUCUGUAUGGCAAGAAAAUGCAAACUCAUGCUUACUUGUAAAGAACGGUGACCAGUGUUGUUUUUUCGAGGCUAACGAUUGCGAAAGCAAUCGGUUACAUAAUCUCAAACCGGCGUUACUGGAUUUGUUAGAUUUAUAUUGCGUCGCGACCUCUUGUCUGCGAGAUAACUCGAGGGAGUGGGGUCUACAUGUCUACAUAAAAGCUGCGCGUCAGGAGAGCCACCGUUAUCAGACGUAGGAGACCGUCUAGUCGCUGACAGCACAUUCGCUCCUUCGUUGAUAGCUGUACAGCCAUUUGCAGCUAUGAUUCUCACCGUUGCUGUAGGCCUGUGCAUCUUGUACAUCAUCUAUUCAUGGUUCACCAUGAAGCCCAAAAAUUUUCCUCCCGGACCCGCCUGCCUGCCCUUCAUCGGCUCGGUGCUGUCCUUGCCCACGAAGCACAUGCACCUGCGCAUGGAGCACUGGAGGAAGGAGUACGGCCCUCUGGCCGGCUUCAUGAUCGGGUCCAACCCCUUCGUGGCCGUGUGCGAGCCCUCCUUGGUGCUCGAGGUGCUGCGCCGGGAGGAGUUCCAGUCGCGGCCCGACACCUUCAUCCUGCGGACCAGAUCCUUCAACAAGAGACUCGGCAUAUUCUUCAGCGACGGCAAGUUUUGGACAGAGCAGCGCCGCUUCACUCUGCGACACCUGCGUGAGUUCGGCUUCGGGAAGUCCAGCGAGGAAGCGAUCAUGCUCGACGAGAUCAGCCAUCUGAUCAAGAAGCUGGAAUCUUCAAAAAUCGUUUCAAUCUCCAACUUGUUCAACCUGCCGGUCGUGAACGUGCUGUGGAAGACGCUGGCGGGCACGCGCAUCGCGCACGACGACGACGAGUUCAACAAGCUGAUCGAGAUCGUCUUCGAGGUGAUGCGCAGCGGGAACCCGGCGGGCGGCAUCAUCAACGUGAUGCCCUUCCUGCGGCACGUCUUCCCCAACAUCGGAGCGUACAAGACGUCGACAGACGCCGUCAAAGAUCUGCACCACUAUUUCAAGGAAAUUAUUUCAGAGCAUGAAAAGACGCUUGAUUCAGAUAACCCGAGGGACUUUAUCGACGUUUAUCUUCGCGAGAAACAGCUGCAGAAAAACGUCGAAGACACUACGUUUACUGACGAGGCGCUGAUGGUGACGAUGCUGGACCUGUUCUUUGCCGGGGUCGAGUCCACCGCCAACUCACUGAGCUUCACCCUCAUGUACAUGCUGCUUCACCCGGAGGUGCAGAGCAAGGUGCACGAAGAGCUGGACAGAGUCGUGGGCAGGGACCGCCCGGUGUGCUUGGCCGACAAACCCAGCUUGCCCUACGUGGAGGCGGUGCUCGCGGAGACCGCGCGCUGCAACACCAUCGCCCCUCUCGCCGCCCCGCACAGGGCUGACCGCGACACCCACCUCGGCGGACACUUCAUACCCAAGGACACCAUGCUGAUGCUGAGUCUGUGGAGCCUCCUGCAGGACGAGGCCCACUGGGGCGACCCGCGCAGCUUCAGGCCGGAGCGACACCUCGACGCCGAUGGCCGCCUCCGCAAGGACGACUGGCUGCUAGUGUUCGGCGCCGGCAAGCGCGUCUGCGUGGGCGAGUCGCUGGCGCGCAACUCGCUCUUCGUGUUCUUCGCCAACCUCGCGCAGCGCUUCAGCUUCCAGCUGCCGCCCGGCGAGCCGCGCCCGUCCAACCUGGCCCUGCCCGGGUUCACCACGGCGCCGCAGCCCUUCAACCUGCUGAUACGCCCCAGGGAGUAGACGGCACUCGGCCCAGCUCUACAUGUCCUCACAUGCUACACGUGCUUCACGUGCUUCACGGGGAAUAAACAUUCGGCCCGGGAUGUCCUGCAAGCCCCGGCUCUACAUGUCCUCACAUGCUUCAUAUGCUUCACGUGCUACCAGGGAAUAAACACUCGGCCCGGGAUGUCGUACAAGCCCUGGCUCUACAUGUCCUCACAUGCUUCACAUGCUUCAUGUACUUCCAGGGAAUAAACACUCGGCCCGGGAUGUCCUGCAAGCCCCAGCUCUACAUUUCCUCACUUGCUUCACAUGCUUCAUGUGCUUCACGUGCUUCCAGGGAACAAACACUCGGCCCGGGAUGUCCUACAAGCCCCUGCUCUACAUGUCCUCAGGUGCUUCACGUGCUUCAUGUGCUUCACGUGCUUCCAGGGAAUGAACACUCGGCCCGGGAUGUCCUGCAAGCCCCUGCUCUACAUGUCCUCACAUGCUUCACGUGCUUCACAUGCUUCACGUGCUUCCAGGGAAUAAUCUCUCGGCCCGGGAUGUCAUGCAAGCCCCGGAUCUACAUGUCCUCACAUGCUUCACAUGCUUCACAUGCUUCACGUGCUUCACGUGCUUCCAGGGAAUACACACUCGGCCCGGGAUGUCAUACAAGCCCCGGCACUACAUGUCCUCACAAGCUUCACGUGCUUCACGUGCUUCCAGGGAAUAAACACUCGGCCCGGGAUGUCCUGCAAGCCCGGUUUUACAUGUCCUCACAUGCUUCACUUGCUUCAAAUGCUUCACGUGCUUCCAGGGAAUAAACACUCGUCCCGGGAUGUCCUGCAAGCACCGGGUCUACAUGUCCUCACAUGCUUCACGUGCUUCACAUGCUUCACGUGCUUCCAGGGAAUAAACUCUCGGCCCGGGAUGUCCUGCAAGCACCGGGUCUACAUGUCCUCACAUGCUUCACGUGCUUCACAUGCUUCACGUGCUUCCAGGGAAUAAACUCUCGGCCCGGGAUGUCAUGCAAGCACCGGGUCUACAUGUCCUCACAUGCUUCACGUGCUUCACAUGCUUCACGUGCUUCCAGGGAAUAAACUCUCGGCCCGGGAUGUCCUGCAAGCACCGGGUCUACAUGUCCUCACAUGCUUCACGUGCUUCACAUGCUUCACGUGCUUCCAGGGAAUAAACUCUCGGCCCGGGAUGUCCUGCAAGCCCCUGCUCUACAUGUCCUCACAUGCUUCACGUGCUUCACAUGCUUCACGUGCUUCCAGGGAAUAAACUCUCGGCCCGGGAUGUCAUGCAAGCCCCGGAUCUACAUGUCCUCACAUGCUUCACAUGCUUCACAUGCUUCACGUGCUUCACGUGCUUCACGUGCUUCCAGGGAAUACACACUCGGCCCGGGAUGUCAUACAAGCCCCGGCACUACAUGUCCUCACAAGCUUCACGUGCUUCACGUGCUUCCAGGGAAUAAACACUCGGCCCGGGAUGUCCUGCAAGCCCGGUUUUACAUGUCCUCACAUGCUUCACUUGCUUCACAUGCUUCACGUGCUUCCAGGGAAUAAACACUCGUCCCGGGAUGUCCUGCAAGCACCGGGUCUACAUGUCCUCACAUGCUUCACGUGCUUCACAUGCUUCACGUGCUUCCAGGGAAUAAACUCUCGGCCCGGAAUGUCCUGCAAGCACCGGGUCUACAUGUCCUCACAUGCUUCACGUGCUUCACAUGCUUCACGUUUUUCCAGGGAAUAAACUCUCGGCCCGGGAUGUCAUGCAAGCACCGGGUCUACAUGUCCUCACAUGCUUCACGUGCUUCACAUGCUUCACGUGCUUCCAGGGAAUAAACUCUCGGCCCGGGAUGUCCUGCAUGCACCGGGUCUACAUGUCCUCACAUGCUUCACGUGCUUCACAUGCUUCACGUGCUUCCAGGGAAUAAACUCUCGGCCCGGGAUGUCCUGCAAGCACCGGGUCUACAUGUCCUCACAUGCUUCACGUGCUUCACAUGCUUCACGUGCUUCCAGGGAAUAAACUCUCGGCCCGGGAUGUCAUGCAAGCCCCGGAUCUACAUGUCCUCACAUGCUUCACAUGCUUCACGUGCUUCACGUGCUUCACGUGCUUCCAGGGAAUACACACUCGGCCCGGGAUGUCAUACAAGCCCCGGCACUACAUGUCCUCACAAGCUUCACGUGCUUCACGUGCUUCCAGGGAAUAAACACUCGGCCCGGGAUGUCCUGCAAGCCCGGUUUUACAUGUCCUCACAUGCUUCACUUGCUUCAAAUGCUUCACGUGCUUCCAGGGAAUAAACACUCGUCCCGGGAUGUCCUGCAAGCACCGGGUCUACAUGUCCUCACAUGCUUCACGUGCUUCACAUGCUUCACGUGCUUCCAGGGAAUAAACACUUUGCCCGGGAUGCCCUACAAGCCCCGGCUCUACAUGUCCUCACAUACUUCACAUGCUUCACAUGCUUCACGUGCUUCCAGGGAAUAUACACUCGGCCCGGGAUGUCCUACAAGCCCCGGCUCUACAUGUCGUCACAUGCUUCACAUGCUUCACGUGCCUCACGUGCUUCACGUGCUUCCAGGGAAUAAACACUCGGCCCGGGAUGUCCUGCAAGCCCCUGCUCUACAUGUCCUCACAUGCUUCACUUGCUUCACAUGCUUCACGUGCUUCCAGGGAAUAAACACUUUGCCCGGGAUGUCCUACAAGCCCCUGCUCUACAUGUCCUCAGGUGCUUCACGUGCUUCAUGUGCUUCAUGUACUUCCAGGGAAUAAACACUCGGCCCGGGAUGUCCUGCAAGCCCCGGCUCUACAUGUCCUCACAUGCUUUACGUGCUUCACGGGGAACAGGUCCUUGAUGAAGGAACAACACAAACAUGGUUUAUCUUUAAAAAAGUUGGAAGAUAAAUGUUACAAGUGGCCUUCGGCCUCUAAGAAAUAUGACAGUGGCAGAUUCCGGAAUUUUUAUUUUCAGGCGGGGUGGGGGUGGAGGAGUAGGAUUUUCAAAAGAAAAAAAAAGUGCAAGGUUUUUUUAUAACUUAGGGGGCAAAGGGGGGGGGGGAAAUCCCCAUCCACCCUUAAUCAGCCACUGGUCUCACACCUUCGUUAAUUUUUUUUAAGCUUUUUCGUCAGUACUGCUAUUUAAGGGCUGUUUCUUCAAAUUUUAACUCUGGUGCCUCCUUUUGGAUUUUGUUCCUCUUCCGCAAAUGUUUUCAACUAAUAUUCACUCAGUGUAUUGUCGUGGGUGAAAGAGAUCGCGCAAUUGAUGAUAGCUACGAAGACUUGCGCGCUUUUUUUUUCACAUCCACGUCAUUACACUUAUAAGUUAAUAUCUGUUGAAUAAUAUUUAGGGCAGAUCAACAAAUGCAAGGGAAUUGAGGACCUAAAAAUUUAUAAAUUGCCCUUAAAUACAAUUUAUUCCGAAAAAAAAGAAAAAAAAAUCAACGUGGCAUUUCAGACCGAGUCUUGCAUCGCAAUUGUUGGAGACGUUUGCACUUUGGCCCUGCAACUUCACUUGAAGCUGAAAUUGAUCCCGAAAGUGUUAUGGAUACAUGCAGGGCAGUGAUGUAAUUUUAUAGUGAUGUUGUUUACUUAUUUACACCUCCCAGACUGUUAAUAUGUUAAUAUACUGACUAACAUGGCUAUCAAAGGCAGCCGUGAAGACCAAAGGAAAAAAAAAUUCUGAUGCCUCUUUAGUAUUGACGGCUUCAAUUUUAGCUUUACGUCAUCCAUCAUCAUCAAACAUUCUGUCCAAGAUAAAAAUAGAGACUAUUUUUACAGGUGUUGCAAGAUACAUUCAGGCUUUGAUAGCUGAGUAUCGUGAAGCGAUAAUAAAAACAAAAACAAUUUCAUGAAGUAGAUAUCAAACUAUCUAUACAUGUGUUAAAGGCUGUUUUGUUAUUUCUAUAGCUGUCAAAAGUUUGAUUAUUAUUUGCAGCACCUUUAAAAAAAAAGUUCAACUUUAUCUCUUAGUAAGUGUACAGUUAAAUGUUCUUAAAGACUUUACAACAAAUCUGCCAAGAAUACAAAUGGCUGCAAUGAAACGUUAGCUUAACUUACACCCUGUUUAUGUAAACGAGUGCCAGUGUGAUUCACACAUGUUAGAUUUUAAAAGGAUUUCAUACAUUACAAACAUGCUGUUUUAAAAUCUGUAAUACUGUUGUAAAGUAAGGCCUUGUUGCUUUUGUUAAGAAACUUCAGCAAAUUUACAGACUUUUCAAAGAAAGAUUGAAGUCAAAUAAAUUGAAGGCUCUUCAUAGUUCCAGAUAUUUGGAACUUCGUAGAACCCACACUUGUUUACUACUUUCGAGUUCAGUGUUCCGUUGUCAACAGGGUAAAAAUUUACGUGGAAAAAAGAAGAGUGUUUUUGCUGUAGACUUGCUGAAUGUGUUGUAAAAUUUGGUAAGACUAGACCGAUUAUUGUAAACUCAGGUUUGUAGAAAGGAAACUCAGUACUCUCAAUUCUACGAAGAUAUCAGAAAAUUUACCUAUAUACUUGGAGAAUGGAUGAGUAUUCUUUGUAAAUUUAAGGUAAAUAUUUUUAUAGACAGUACCAUUGCGCAGUUGAACUGUUGUUUAGAGCAAUUGUCGCUAGACAUUCAUUUGAGUAAUGUAUUAUUUCAAGUGCCUGCCAAUAAUUCUAUAAAAACCUUGUUAAUGUAUUGCAUUUAUGUAUAACAAUUAUAAUUUCAUGUGCUCUGAUUUCAAAUAAAUAUAUUUCCAUAAAACAAAA